AGCUAAUUUUUGAAUUGAGAAGGGCAUUCUUGGAAUACAAAAAAACCGCUCCCGCUAUUUUUAAAUCCUACAAUUCGUAUUAAAUUCUUCCUCAUAGUCAUAGUCAUACAAGGUCUAAAACUCCUAACAAAUCCGAAACCGUGGCGGAACAUAACACCGGCAGUGUCUAUAAAAUUUCUCUAUCUUCAGGUUUGCGUUUGAAUUAUAAUUUGUUCAUGGAAGCAAAGAGCAUCAUAUCCUUUCAGUCUUACGUCAACGGUACCGGAAACGGAUCUCUGGCUAUGAACGGAACCGGGUUACAAGUAACUCCGGGGGUUGAGUUUCAGCGUGAUGUAGGAACUCGACCGUCAGUAGAAGGGCCGGAUGCAACUGGUAAAGAAAUCGUUAUGGAGAAUAAGAAGAGGGCGAGACCAUGGAAGGAUGAUCGUGUUGCAGUCAGGAGCUCGCUCCCCGCCUUACCACAGCCAGUGGGGUUAUCACCUACCGCAUCAGCUAAUUCUGUGAAACGGGGUCGGGGCCGACCCAAGGGUACCGGAAAACUCCAGGCUUUGGCUGCUCUUGGUUGGCUGAGGAUUGAGGACCCUUUAGUUUUGUUAGCUUUUGGCUUAGGUGGGUUUAUUGCGGAGACAGCAGGAGGAAACUUUACCCCUCAUGUAAUCAUUGUUCUUACAGGAGAGGAUGUUGUUGGCAAGAUAACAUCAUUUGCUCAAAAAGGUCCUGGAGCAAUCUGCAUUCUUUCUGCUACCGGUUCAGUAUCCAGUGUUGUUAUACGCCAGGCUGGUGGAAUGUUGAGAUAUGAGGGACGUUUCGAAAUCAUAACUCUAACCGGGUCUUUUAUCCUUGGGGAAAUGGGGGGCACUAAGAACAGAAGUGGCAUGUUGAGUGUUUCACUAGCUAAACCUGAUGGCACAGUUUUUGGUGGUGCCGUUGCAGGUUCUAUAAUCGCAGCUUGUCCUAUCCAACUUGUUGUUGCCAGUUUUAAGCAAAACAUCGGUAACGAACUCAAAAGGAAAUACUCUGAUGAAUCUUCAGCAGCUGCCAGUAAUUUUGUUGAUCCAGCAGUGGUAAAUGUUCCAGUUUACAUCCCUAAAAUGUUAGUAGAUGAUGAAGAGAUCUGCACCAUGCCAAUGUCGGCACCCCCAGAACUAGUCCACAUGGAAGCGGACAAUGUCAUUGCUGAAAACUACAACUUCAACUAUAAUCCUUUACAACAAAAAACUCUGCUCUUGCAAGCUCCACAGUCUAUGGAAGGCAAGAUCAUACCUCCACUCACCUAUAAUACCAGUUUCCCUCUUAUGUGAUUUGGACUGGUGACAAAUAGAUGCUGAUCAUGAGAACCAUAAGCAGCUGCCAGAUUGUACGAUGGGUUUUGGAAGAGGCUGCACCGGUAUUUUCCCUGUGAUCAAAGUUACUAGUAGGAUGAAUUUAGGAUUUGUUUUUGUUGAAGCACAUUAUACAGAGCAAAGAGCAGUGAGCAGCUUCUAUCAAUUUAGUAUUUAUUUAGACUAAGAUUAGCCCUGAGGAUUUAGGUACAUUUCAUCAAACCCGGUAGCUUUUGGACUUUGAUUUUGAUAUCCAACACUUACAUUAAGCAAUUUGGUUACCUGUCAAUACAGAAAGAUUUUUUGU